ACCGCGUGCAGGCCGUUACUGGCCCACCCUCUCUCCUCCGCUCAACUCCCUUGGUACUACUCUCUAGUCCCUACACUUUUUGCCUGUUUCUGCAUCGAGUGUUUCAUGGCCUCUCCUCUGCACUUUGACUCAAUGCAGUGUGGAGAGUGUUUUGAAGGAGGUUUCGGGAGGAUGCUUUGCGGCCGGAAGGUGAUGAGCUUCUUCUUGAAGAAGGAUGCGAGGAAGUUCCUGAAGCGCAAGGACAGCGACGCCGGCGAAAGAGGUAGAGCUCUUGAGGAUCUGCGUGCUUCCCUUUUUAGUGAGCUACGCACAUCUGAGGGUGCCAAGCGUUUGCAGCAACGAAUUUGUGGUCCGACGGUUGCCUUGUCUUUCAAUUUCCUGGUUUCUGUUGGUAUAAUUAUGAUGAACAAAUUGGUUCUUGGGAGAGUGGGCUUCAAUUAUCCAAUCUUUCUCACCUUUAUUCACUAUAUCUUGAGCUGGGGUUUAAUGGCUGUCUUGAAUGCCUUCUCACUGCUUCCAGCCCCACCUCCUGCCAAGUCGACCCCAUUUUCUUCUCUGCUAGCCCUGGGCAUUGUCAUGUCCCUAUCUAAUGGCCUUGCUAAUGUUAGCUUGAAGUAUAAUAGUGUGGGAUUCUAUCAGAUGGCUAAGAUUGCUGUUACCCCGACAAUUGUUCUAGCCGAGUUUAUGAUUUUUAGGAAGACGGUUUCUUACCAGAAGGUGAUAGCGCUAACCAUAGUAUCCAUCGGUGUUGCUGUUGCGACAGUUACUGACCUUGAAUUCCACUUCUUUGGUGCUUGUAUAGCAUUAGCAUGGAUUAUACCCAGUGCAAUUAAUAAGAUUCUAUGGUCCAAUCUACAGCAGCAGUAUAACUGGACUGCCUUAGCUUUAAUGUGGAAGACGACGCCAAUCACGCUUUUCUUUUUGGUUGCCUUGAUGCCUUGGCUCGAUCCCCCUGGUGUUCUCUCCUUUCAUUGGAACUUUUCCAAUACAUCAGCUAUUCUCAUGUCAGCCAUCUUUGGUUUUUUGCUUCAAUGGUCUGGGGCGUUGGCACUAGGGGCAACAUCUGCAACUUCUCAUGUUGUUCUUGGACAGUUCAAAACAUGUGUCAUCCUUCUUGGAGGGUACCUUCUUUUCAAUUCCAAUCCAGGUAUGUCAAGUAUCUGCGGAGCUAUCACAGCUCUUGCAGGGAUGGCCUUGUACACGUACCUCAACAUGUUAGGUUCUCAAUCGCAAGCAGCUAAGGCAGCUCUUCGACAAGCAUCAUUUUCUUCAAGAACAUCUAAGCUUAGCAAGGAAGGUAGCAAUCCCCAUGGAGAAAAUUGUACCACUGAAACCGUCUAAGGGGCAGAUUCAACCCCAGGGAAUGCAUAUUCUAGCUUGUGGAUCCAUAUAGAGUGAAGAAGUUAGGAUUAUAUGAAAAGUAGGCAAUGAAGAAUAGGCUCCAACCCGUUCAAGUUUUCACUUGCUUUUUCAACUGUCUCUCUCCUUUCUGACAAUUUCACUUUCAGUCUGGGGAGCCACAGUUUGAUAGAAUUGUAUAUAACUAUGUAGUUUGUAUGGCCACAAAUGUAUAUUGUAGACAUACAAAAUUAACUUUCAAGUUCUCUUCCAAGAAGAGAACUACUUCAAUUAAAACCCAUACGUUUCCCAUC